AUGUCGCAACGCUCAACCAGACACUCUCGCGGAAAGAAAGGCUACGAUAGACGACAAGAAGCAAGAUCACGGCCAUAUGACCGCGAACGGCCCAGUCGGCCGGAAGAUACGCGGCGGUACAACGAUCGCAACCAUUACGGACGCGAUGCGCCGCGUCGCAAUGAGGACGACCGCAGCAGAGAGGAGUACCGCUCUAAGAGACGAGCUGAUAAAUCGCGUUCUCGCUCAAGAGAACGCGGAAGUCCUGCUCGGCCAACAUAUCGACCAUUGCACGAUGUAAAGCCUACCGAUUCUCCAGCAAAGGAUGCUGCCAUGACCACAGAACCUGAGGAGAAUGCUGAAGAAGACGAGGAUGCUAGAGAGAUGGCUGCCUUGAUGGGGUUCGCAGGCUUCAGCACGACAAAAGGCGCUCACGUCACUGGCAAUGGUGCUGCUGGUGCAGUUGCCAAAGCAGAGAAGCGUGUUGAGUAUCGACAGUACAUGAACAGAAAAGGCGGGUUCAACAGGCCGCUCGACGACAAGAGUGCUGUUUGA